UCACCACAUCCUUACUCUAUCCAGAGAAGACCUCGUUGGCAACAGAUCGUACUUCAUGCAGGUUCAGCUGCAGUUGGUUACAGUACGCUGUGCAACAUAUAGAACAGCAAAUGACCCUCCUUCGCCAAUUCCUUGUAUCUUUGGCAACCAACCAACAGCAACAACAACAAAAACAAGUAACCCAAGGUGCAUCAGAUACAACAUUAAAUAACAUCAAGAAAGAGAUUGUCGACACACUGCGUAAAGUGGUUGAAGUGGUCAGUAGAUAUGCAGGCAAAGGUCUACCAGAACAAGCCAAAUUGACUGUACGUUCUUUUAUCCUCGAAUUGCCCUCUAGAUGGGCCAUGGUCAAUCAACAGGCAUUAGACGAGGUAGAUACACCAUUGCAUGUCACUUCUAUUAAAUUACUCGAUUUCAGUGGUGAAUCUAUCAGAAUGCUUAAAUCUGUUUCUCUUGUCUUUUCAGAUACAGUCGAACGAGCAGAACUUUGGUUGAAACGAUUAAAGGCGGUUGGAGGUACAACAGGUCACUAGUCUAUUCAGUGUCCGAUAGCUGCCCCACAUAUUUAAAGUGAGAAUGUUCCAUUACUAAAUAAAUUUCAUUUUACCCAAAAAUGAAUGGCUCUUCAAAAACAAUGGUUCCUAAUUGGAUUCAAAUCGAUACAAGCUGAGUUAUCCAUGUUAUCAUCCAGUACU